GUCUUUCACCUUCAUAUUAACCUACCCUACCUCCUAUCCUUAUCCACAUAUAUAUAUAUUAAUUAUUUUUCCACAUUGGCAUUCCCUCUAAAUCCGCUAUAUAUAGGAUCACAUAGAAGCAUUACUUCUCAUCAAUCACUUUAUUGAUUACUAUUAAUUCAACCAUGCUGAGAAUCUCCAUUUUCACUCUUCUUUUUCACAUCCUUUGUUUGCUUACCGCAGUAAACACCGCACCCUUACAUGCAAACAAAGAAGAAGCUGAAGCUCUCUUACAAUGGAAAAACAAUGGCCUAUCAUCAUCAUCAUCUACUUCCUUACUGGAUUCCUGGUCUGCCUACAACCUCAUACAUGUGUGCAGUUGGGAGGGUAUUAUCUGCAACUCUGCUGGUUCGGUUUCAGAGCUGAAUCUACCUCAUCGAAACAUCAAAGGUACACUUGAACCGCUCCACUUUUCCUUACUUCCUAAUCUUACUGCCAUCAACCUUAAGAACAACAGUUUCAGCGGAGCGAUACCAUCUGCUAUGGACCAUCUCCUUAAGCUCACUUUUCUGGACUUGAGCAAUAACAACUUCACGGGUGCAAUACCAGCAGAGGUUGGGCAGUUGACAGAGCUUCAGUACUUGAGCUUUUUCAGAAACCGUUUGACCGGUGUUAUUCCAUUUGAAAUUAGCAAUCUUCAAAACUUGAGGUAUCUUGAUCUAGGAGUGAAUAAUCUGGGAACUCCGAAUUGGUCCAAAUUCCGCGGUAUGCCUUGGUUGACACAUCUCAAUCUCCGGCAUAAUAAGCUCACUUUGGAUUUCCCAAAUUACUGGAUAGCAAAUUGCCCAAAUCUUUCUUAUCUUGAUUUGUCAAUAAACCAUUUUACUGGCCAAAUCCCCAAGUUUGCGUUUUCCAAGCUACAAAACUUAGAGCAUCUUGAUCUCCGAAACAAUUUAUUUCAAGGGCCACUUCCCUCCCGUCUUACCAACUUGACCAAACUUAAACUUCUUCGCCUUUCAAAUAACAACCUUUCUGGCACAAUUCCGGAUGAAAUUGGUUCCAUGAUCAGUCUUCGGGUCCUAAAACUUUUCAAUAAUUCAUUUCAUGGCAGGAUUCCACCUUCCAUAGGAAAUCUAAAACAUCUUCAAUAUCUUGCUCUUGGAAAGAAUCUAUUGAAUUAUACAAUUCCUUCUGAACUUGGCCUGUGCACAAAUCUUGAGUUCUUGUAUCUGCAGUAUAACUCUCUAACAGGAGAAUUGCCUGCUACUAUGUCCAAUCUCUCCAAGCUAGUUAUCUUACAGCUAGACGUUAAUAAACUCUCAGGUCUGUUAUUACCACAACUCAUUGCCAACUGGACACAAUUGAAUAUCUUUUCUAUAGAAAGCAAUUUUUUCACUGGAAGAAUUCCCUCUGAAAUUAGUUUAUUGACACAACUUCAAUAUCUUGAUCUUGGAAAGAAUCUAUUGAAUUAUACAAUUCCUUCUGAACUUGGCCUGUGCACAAAUCUUGACAACUUGUAUCUGCAGAAUAACUUUCUAACAGGAGAAUUGCCUGCUACCAUGUCCAAUCUCUCCAAGCUAGUUAUCUUACAGCUAGACGUUAAUAAACUCUCAGGUCUGUUAUUACCACAACUCAUUGCCAACUGGACACAAUUGAAUACCUUUUCUAUAGAAAGCAAUUUUUUCACUGGAAGAAUUCCCUCUGAAAUUAGUUUAUUGACACAACUUCAAUAUCUUGAUCUUGCCGAUAACCAGCUUUCAGGUCACAUUCCCUCAAACAUUUGCAAUGUCACCUCCCUGGAAGGCAUUUCACUAGGAUUUAACAAACUGAAUGGAGUUAUUCAAGAAUGUUUGGGAAACGCCACUGCUCUAUAUCUUUUGGAUCUUAGGGAGAAUCAGUUUCACGGAGGUUUUCCAGAGUCACUAUGCAACGCACCCGACUUCCAAUAUCUUAGCUUGUCAAGCAAUUACCUGAGUGGUGAAAUUCCAAAUUGUGUGGGAAACUUCAGCAGCCAACUCUCACAACUCAGUCUUGCCAAUAAUCUUUUUCAUGGAGCUGUGCCCAAAGAUUUCUGCAGUAGCUCAACCCCUUUCAAUGUACUUGACCUAUCCAAUAAUUCUUUGAGUGGUGUCAUUCCUUCGUGUUUAGGAAAUCUAAGCUCUACAUUGUCACUACUGGAUUUAAGCAUGAAUAACUUUCAAGGGAGCAUUCCAGAAGAAGUGACGAAAAAGGGCAAUGUUCUGAAAACUCUCAACUUGAAUGAUAAUGAAUUUGAAGGGCCUCUGCCCCGUACUCUAAUCGACUCUACUGAUCUCCAAGUCCUGGAUGUUGGAAACAACAAGCUAAAUGACUCAUUCCCACACUGGUUAGAUGCUCUUCCGAAUCUGGUAGUGCUCGUCUUAAGAUCUAAUCAUUUCUGUGGAGAGAUAAGCAAUCCUACCACCAAGUUCCCAUUCCCUAUGUUGCGAGUUUUUGAUCUCUCCCACAAUUACUUCACUGGACCCUUGCCUGAAUAUUACUUGUUGCAUUUUACUGGGAUAAUAAAUAAUAUUAUUCCUUCUGGUUUAGAUGUAGCAAACAUUAAAGGCAACAUAUCCUACACUUAUAUAUCCUCUGCAACACUAAUGGUGAAAGGGAAAGAGGCAUCCGUCAAACGGAUUCUAAAGCUUUACACGAGCAUCGACUUAUCAAGUAACAUGUUCCAUGGAGAGAUUCCUGUUUCCAUAGGAAACCUUUAUACUCUUCGGCUUCUUAAUCUGUCUCACAACAGCCUCACUGGCAAUAUACCAUCAUCAUUGGGAAACCUAACUUUGCUGGAGGCAUUAGACAUGUCUUGCAAUCAACUGAUUGGGAAGAUUCCAUGGCAAGUGUCCAAGCUUGGAUUUCUUGAAGUACUAAACCUCUCCUAUAAUCAUUUAUAUGGAGAGAUACCGCGCAGUGGACAACUUGAUACAUUUGGCAAUGAUUCCUAUAUGGGAAACACAGCAUUGUGGGGUUUUCCAUUGACACUAGAAUGUGAAGCUAAAAACCCACCAGUGCACUCAAAAGAAGAGGAUGAUGAAGAGGAUUCAGGUUUUUUUAAUGGAUUUUCUUGGCAGAGCGUGACGAUAGGGUACUGUUGUGCAUUUCCAUUUGGAGUUUGUGUGGGAUAUUUUGGUCUGCGAUAUGGAAAACUCAACUGGUUGCUAAGGAAACUCACAUGGAAGAGAGGAAAGGGUUCCAAAAAUGCAGUUCCAAGAAGGCAUGCUAGAACAAUAAACUAAAUUUGCAGAGUUGCGAAGAUUAAAGGAGCAGCGUGCGCACAAGUAGUAUACCUUACACUUCUCAACUGCUUCUACUUAUGGAGUACUACUUCUGUAUUAAUUAUUAUAUGGCUUUUCCCUAUUGUUUGUUGUGGUGUUUAAUUUUCUAGUAUUUUAAGGCUUGUUUUAAACGUCAAAAAAAUUAUUAGAUCGAAAGCAAUAAUGUAGAAUCAAUGUGAACGACAUGCAUGAUUAUUACUAAUAUCUUAAUUAUGUGCUUUAAUUUAUAAUGAUUAUUGUGUUUCGUUC